AUGGCAUUCUACCAUGAGAUGAGAAUUGGAAUAGUACUGGCAAUGAGAUCAUUGCACUUGUCCCAGAGAGCUGUGAGAAGUUCUGUCGACAUGGGCGGUGCAGAAGAAUACCUCCCCGCACCGUUUGAGGAACAUGAAAUCCACGCCCUCUUGGACUCCAUCUCGCUGGGCCAACCCCUCUCGAUCCAGCCAUUGAAAGUGACUGCCGCUUUCCAUGCCAUCUACAUUCUGACCUACGAUUCCAAGGUCCUUCUAGAGAAGUUACGAACUUCUACUACUUCUGUCUCUACUUCUGUCUCAACUACCGACCUCGUCCUCCGCAUCUCUGGCGAUCACAUCCCAGGCAUCAAAACCGAAAACGAAGCAGCCGUGCUUUCAUGGCUGCGGCAGAAUACAACCGUCCCUGUACCCGAGGUCAUCUGCUAUAAUGCCACCACAUCCAACCCCCUCAGACGAGAGUUCAUCAUCCUCAGCCGCUGUCCGGGGGUCACCAUCUCCGAUAUCUACGAUGAACUCUCGCCCGAGAAACUCGACUCGAUCCUCAGGCAGCUGAUGAAGAUCCUUGUGGAGAUCCACGCCCAUCCGUUCGACACAAUCGGUGGGCUCGUCCAGAAAGACGACGGCAAAAUCGUCCCAGGCCCGGUGCUGGACGAGCACUUCUGGUUUCUGCCCGACAUCCCGAAGUACUUUGACAGUAGCAAGGAGACGUUCGACAGUCUCAACGUAAAAGGCCCCUUCUUUUCGUAUACCGCGUAUACGAUCGCUCUGAUGGAGAAAUACAUCCAUGUCGCGCAGGUCCAGCCGUCGCUCGGCUUUCUGCACAAGCACAUCCCCCGUCUCACGGCCUUUGUCGACGUCCUGCCCAAACACGCGGCCGUCUUGGACAACGCCCCCAUCCGCCUGGCGCACAAGGACCUGCACUUCGCCAACAUCCUCUACGACCCGGCGCAGGAUCUCAUCACGGGGGUACUCGACUGGGAAUUCGCCGGCACCGUGCCCUUUCCGCGAUGGGACCCGGUGCGAGCUUUCCUCUGGAACAGCAAGCCGGGAGACGCCUCGCUGAAGGAGAAAUACCGUCUCCGGGACCGCUUCGCCGAGCUGUGUCGCGAAGAAGGUGCAGAGUUCUUGCUCCAGGACGCGGAGUUCACCAGCGAUCUGCAGGAGAAGGUGCAUCUGGUGACCAACAUGAUGCGCAUCAUGACGACGCUGGUGCCGCGCGGGCAGUUUGUGGAUCGCGUGCCUGAGUUUGAGGAGGAUUUGGUUAGGGGGUUGGAGGCGUUUGGGGUGUGA